AUGAUUAUUCAUAUUUUUCUUCCUUUUGCUCUAUUUGGCCUGGUUUUUUGUCAGGGUUGCAGUUGGAUCGAUGCGAUAACGAUACGUAAAGUUGAUAUAAAGUUGGAUGUUAAUAUCGGUAGUGCAAAUCGAUUUAUGGAUUGUUUAAUUGCCUAUAAAUUUAUGAUUCCUGCAGGUGCAUAUGUCGAUCUUGACAGCAUGAAAGAAUAUCCAACUCAUACAUGUGAAGAAGUAUCAUUCGAUGUUGAGGCUUCAAGAGAGAAAUCGGAAAAUACGCCACUUUAUGUGUGUUCAAAACGAGGAUUACGAAAAAAUUUUGUUCACAAAGAGCAUUUUGAACUGGCAAUACAUUUGCGUUAUCAUGCUGCUACCGGAACAGAUGCAAUAGUUACAAUAUCGGCUCCACAGCUGCUUUUAAGAUGCGUGGAAAAUUCUACUUUCCUGACAAGCCAUUGCAAGAAGUAUUUAGUUAAAGCAUCUUGUGAUUGUUCAAACCAAUCACACUGCGAGUGGUUGAUGAUACCGUUUUUGGAGUAUAACACAGUACAGUUCAAAGUACCAACUGGAAAUGCGUCUUUACUAAAAUUCGUUUUAUUUAUUACUAUUUUCGUUGUUAUUUGCUGUGCUAUAACGAUUGUUUUUGCUACAAUGAAAAAUGUAAUGAAAGUGAAAAUUGAGUGA